AUGUCGACUCAAACCCAUCAAUACCAAGUCCUCAUCACCUCCGAGGAGACAAAGGAGGUGGCUGAAAAGCGCCGUACCCUCUACAUCCGCCCAUUCUUCCUCUUCUGGCUCAACUCUUUCAUAUUUGAGGUGACGAUGCUCAUAAUCAGCAUCUUUGUCUUCUCGGGCUUCAAAGAUAUGUUUCCCAGGCUAAUGUGGACCAUUUUCUUCUGCCCUCUCGGAAUGGGAGGAGCCAUGGGCGGACUUGUCAACGCGUUCAUCGUCGACAAGCAUUACGGAAGCAAGGCCGUCCACUUUUGCGCCAUCAUGAGCUUGCUCGUAUUAGGCGCCUGCAAUGACCUCUGCUAUAAUCUGGAUCUUGUAUUUGGCUGGUUUGGAGCGCAUGAACACUUUUGGUGGUGGCAUUGCCGGUACCCUUUGAUUUACGGUGUUGGAUUCAUGACCGGCAAGCUGUUGUUUACGGAUAAGGGACAGGAGAAACUUGCUGCCUGGGGUGUCUAA